AUGGCGGACGCCCCAGCAGAACCAUCCAAGAGCGCCCUCAAAAAGGCGGAAAAGCAAGCAAAGAUGGCUGCAGACAAAGCUGCCAAAGCCGCAAAGCAAGCAACGCUCGCAGUUGUAGGAGGAAAGAAGGCGGACGACAUAAUCGGAAUGACAGUUUCGAAGACUGAAAACUUCCCAGCAUGGUACCAGGAGGUUGUUCUGAAGGCUGAGAUGAUUGAGUAUUACACCGAGAUCUCUGGUUUCUUCAUCCUACGCCCAGCAUCCAUGUUCAUCUGGAAUACAAUUCGCAAAUGGUUUCAGGAGCGCAUUGAGGCUAUGGACGUAGAGGAGGCUAGCUUCCCUAUGUUCUUAUCCUCAAAAUCUCUUGAAAAGGAGAAGGAUCAUGUCGAAGGUUUCGCUCCUGAGCUUGCUUGGGUCACCAAGGCUGGUGAUAAAGACCUCGAGGUCCCAGUCGCAGUCCGUCCUACCUCAGAAGCCGUUAUGUACCCAUACUACUCGAAAUGGAUUCGAAGUCACCGAGAUCUUCCCCUCCGACUCAAUCAAUGGAACAGUGUCGUUCGUUGGGAGGCCAAACAGACAACUCCAUUUCUCCGAGCUCGGGAAUUUUUAUGGCAGGAAGGGCAUACUGCGCAUCUGACUGAGGAGCUGGCUGGCGAAGAGGUUCUGCAGAUUCUCGAGCUAUAUGCUGGUGUCUACGAGCAAUUGCUUGCUGUCCCAGUUGUUCGCGGUCGCAAGACAGAAAAGGAGAAGUUCGCAGGAGGAUACUAUACAACUACGGUCGAGGGCUAUAUUCCAUCCAAUGGACGUGGUAUCCAAGGUGCAACAUCUCAUUGUUUGGGCCAAAAUUUCAGCAAGAUGUUUGACAUCACGGUCGAGGAUCCUCAUCCAAAGGGCGACGAGAAGGCUAAGCACAUCCACGUUUGGCAAAACUCCUGGGGUCUCUCAACUCGUGUUAUUGGCGUUAUGGUCAUGAUCCAUGGCGACGAUAAGGGUCUGGUCCUCCCUCCCAGAAUCUCAAAGAUACAAGUGAUCAUGAUCCCCGUUGGUAUCACUAAGUCCACCGCUCCAGAAGACAAGGCCAGACAUUACGACCAAUUGGAAGAGAUUAAGAGAACUCUGAAGAGCGCUGGUGUUAGAACCGACUAUGAUAUCCGCGAUGGAUACACCCCAGCAUGGAAGUUCAACGACUGGGAGCUGAAGGGUGUUCCUCUCCGUCUCGAAUAUGGACCCAAGGAUGCCGCUAAGUCAGUUGUAUCCUUCGCUCGUCGAGAUACUGGCGAAAAGGGCACAAUCGCCAUCUCCGAGCUCUCUACAGAGGUCCCCAAGCUUCUCGAGACCAUUCAGAGUGAUCUGUACAAUAAAGCUGAAGCUUCGUUCCGGUCACAUCGUAUUGAGAUCACGGAGUGGGAAAAGGUUAUUCCAGCUUUGGAUGUGAAGAACGUGGUUCUGAUUCCCCACUGCCUGAAAGAAAAGUGCGAAGACAAGAUCAAGGACUUGACUACUGGCAACCAGGAGGAGACCGAGGGACCGGAGCAAAUGAAAGCCCCCAGCAUGGGUAUGAAGAGCUUGUGUAUCCCCUUCGACCAGCCAGCAGGCAUUGUGAAGGGCGAGACCAAGUGCUUGAAUCCCGAGUGUGAGGCUCUCGCUGAGUCAUGGUGUAUGUUUGGUAGGAGUUAUUGA